AUGACGAAAUUACAUCAGCUUAAAUUGGUGCAACAGCAAAAAAGUUACAAAAAAAAUUUUGCUACAAGUGGAAAAAGAGGAGAUAAACUUUUGAUCAAAUUUGACCUAACGAAAGCUCUUGUCAAUGAAAAUGAGAAACCAGAUAAAAUUGAAUUUGACAAUCAGGAUGUCGAAUCGAAUGCAGUUGUAAAUGCUGGGGCAAGCACCAAAUUGAUGACACUACUUCGAACUAUAUUAACAGAAAUAAAACCGACGAGAGAACAAAUUGAUAAAUUUGUCAAAGCUGAACAGCAAUCGGCAGUAAUCAAUGCAAAAAUUAAACAGAAAUUUGAUCAAAAGUUUAUCGAGCUCGACAAGAAGUUAUCUUGCAAAAUGGAUAAAUUUAAACAAAAUCUAGAAAAAACUAAUAAUGUAAACUCCACACCUAAAAGAAACUGCAUUGGAAACGCUCAAGAUUCAGAUCUUAGACAAACUCUCAUACUAGCAGACAAACGCAACUUCAAAGACAAAGUCUUACAUUCAAAACAAAAAGAUCAGGAUUAUUGUCAAAAUGCUGAAAUUAUAGAGAAAAAGGACAUCUACGACGAGAUUGUAAACACUGCUCUAGAAACAAUUACUGUCGUCAUUGUGCAGCAACAUGGCACAAACGAUUAA